UUUAGUCUGAUCCAUUCACUACCGAACAAUGGAACAAACAUUCUGUUGUAUAGACACGGAAGAGAUCUAAAAACCGGACUUUUUUUAUUAUCCUCGAUUUUGUGUACAACACAAAAAAAUAAAAAACUCAAACUAUAAACCAACCCUAUUCAGAAGCAAAAAUGUAUGAAACCCUCGAGGCUCCGAUUCACGAAUAGCUUUGAUCGAUUCCCCAUACAAAUUUAAUUCACGCCCCAGAAAAAAUCGAAAAUCCAAAUUUCGGCUACGAUUCUUCUUCCAGUGACCAAAAAAAACUUGAAUCCUCUCUCCCCCUUCCCAACGAACUGUCCACCCCUUGCGCAGACUCCCCUAGAAAUCGACAAGCGCAGUCGCCCUAAAUUCCCUCAUCCUCGACAGUUCAAGCUUCAAGCAGUCGAACGCGAGCCCCCAGAUCUCCCCUUUAGACAUAAAAUAAUCUAAAAAAAGUGGGUAAAAAAUUGAAAUAGUCAGAAAAAUCAUUGGAACCGCGCAUAAACUUUGGGGGAUUCCAUCUAGGGGUGGGUCUGAAGGGCUCUGUGGUUCAGAACCGAAAGGGAUUGGGGUUGAAAAAAAAUAAAUAAAUAGAAAAAUUGAUUUGUCAGGGGGAGGGAGUUGUUUGGGCGUCUAGGGGGGUGGCAGAAGGGCUAAAUCCACCUCACCCUCGAGUCCUCUGAUCUAUGGCGGGGUGCACAGGGAUCUACGACGUCCCAUAAAAUAUUUAUAAAUACAUUUCAAUUGGUGAAGGAUAGGACCAACCUGGGGGAGAAGUGAUAAUAGUGGGGUAAUUCUGUUAAAGGGUGAUUCGCACUGUUUCUCCGGGUCAUUGUGAAGAUUUUAGGGGUGUUUCGGGGUGGUUUAAUAUGAUUACCAUGUACACCGUUGCUGAGGAUCACAUGGGGGAGAGCGAAAUUGCACAGGUCAUAGCAUUCAUAUGUGGAGUAAUAGUAAUAAUCCUGAUGAUAAUGGGACUGGCCUCGACCGACUGGUUAAUGGCUAUUGGGUGGCGUCAAGGUCUAUUUUUCCACUGCAUAGACGUUGGUGCACCAACCCCAUUGCCCUUUAAUGUCGCUGUCUCUGCCGGUUGUUAUCCAGCUAGGGACGUCGGCUACAUCAAAGCAGCAGCUGCACUGUGUAUUAUUUGCCUUGUUGCUGAUGUAGCUGCAACUCUCCUCACCGCCCUUGGUUUGCGAGCCAAGGAUCACAGGGACAAACACAAGUGCUAUAGAUUCGCCGUACUCUGCAUGGGACUCGCACUCCUGACACUUCUGUUAGCCCUCAUUGUGUACCCUGUAUUCUUCGCCGCAGAGCUUAAUUUAGGAAAUCGGCCGAUAUGGGAGUUUGGUUGGGCUUAUGGCGUCGGCUGGGGGGCCGCAAUAUUCCUCUUCGGCGGAGUUGUUCUUCUCUUCUGUGAUAAGGAAAGUGAAGAGAUCUACUACAAGGAACGCAAAAUAGUUCGUGAAGAAGUUAGUGGUGGUAAUAACACCAUGUCCAGCCAUAGAAUUGGUAACCAUGGCACAUUGAGAAGUGGUAUGACACACGCCUAGUGGCAUUGUACCCUGCCCGACGUUGUUCUCUAGGUGAAAUUCAUUAUUUUCGUAUUUUAUCUCUGAUUUUCGAAUUAUUAUUUUGAUUUUUUUUAAAGAGCACGGAAUCCCAGAUAAAUUGAAAUUUACGAAAAACAUUCAGAGAACAUUACAAAGAACUGCCACUGCUGCGCCACAGGUUGAGGGAUUAUUUUUUAAUUGUUUUUCAAUCGUCUUUUGAGUGAAUACUGAAACGAAACGAAUAUUUGGGAAAUCGCGACUUUUGAGGAAUAUCUCGGAUACGAUAGAAAGCAAAAAUAUCUUGUUGAAAUUUUUUUGUACUUUCCAUUUUUCUGCGUAUGAUAUUUAAAAGAAAAUAUCGAUAUCUCUUUUUGACUUUGAGACAUUUAAUACUACAAUUCAAUUCGUUCAAUUCGUUUAAAGGAAAACGUAUUUUUUUCAGUUGUUUUUUGGAAAAUUAAGUUCCAAACAAAAUAAGAACUUCGUAUUUUGGGUUUUUCUCCAAAAAAUUUUACACAUUUUUUUUACUGUCUCCAGUGAAUCUGCAGAUAUUCGACAUUUAAACUCGUCUUGAAGUUGAUAUUUCCCGUUUUAGCACUUCACGAACAAAUUAUUAAGGUCAGAUGGUGAUUUAAGGAUUAUUGAUUGAUUCUGGAGCGUUCAGGGGUGGAAUGGGGCGGCGAAGCGAAGUUUAUCGAUAAUUGAAGGCUUUGGAGAUGUUUCAGCUAAAUAAUUGAACGGCUUGAUAUAUUUUUAGGAGCUAGAGAAUAAGAACAAAAAAUUUACAUGUGACACGAUUUUUCAAGAGUUAUGGGACUACAGUUUAAGAAUGUAAAAAUAUUCAGUUUGAAUGAACAAACGCAAAACUUCUCAACUCUUUCACAUGGGAUUAUUAAAACUUUCAUAUUUACGAGGGAAGUUGACAUUCGGGAAUGAUGGAAAAUAUUUUUAAGCAUUUUGUUUAAAGAAUUGACCGUUUUUCGGCCAACUAUUGGAAAUAAUUAAAAAGUUCAAGUUCAUUAUCUUUGUCUCGAAAAUUCUUAAAUCUCCGAGCUAAUAAUUUAUUGCUCGUAUCCACGAUAUUCAUAGCAAUAUUCAGGAUUGACAGUUGGACAUGAAUUUCCAAUUUUAUUUAUUAAUUUAGUUCAAUAAUGAAUAUUGAUUAAUGGAUUGAUUUAAUAACUCGUUGAAUUGUAAAAAAAUCAGAGUACGAUGAUAAAAGUGGUUGUAUUUUUCGAGAAAAUUGAAGGAGAAGACUAGCGGGACUUUGAUGACUCCAGAAUUGAUCAAUUAAUCAUCAAAAGUGAAUAAUUGUUUUAUUAAUUAAAAAUUAAAGAAAUUUUUUCAAUCACUCGUGACGAUUGUGGGACCAUGCAUUAUCACUUCGACUCCGAUACAUUCCCUCUUAAUCUCAUCACAAUUUUUCUCGAUUUUUCUGAUUAAUGAAAUUUGAGAAAUAGAUUUCUUUACAAUUUUUAUUAAUUUUUCGCAAGAAAAAAUACUAAAAAUUUGGAACAUUCUGUAAAAUUCUUCCUAACUGUAUACUAUGUAUAAAAACCCAAAAACAACGUAAUAUUAAUUACUUCAAUUCAUCACAAACUAAUUUUUGCAGUAAAAUAUAUUUUUUAAUUAUUUUAAUUAUAUAAGUCAUGAAUUAGUUUUUACUUAUAGUUAUUAAUAUUAUUUUGGCAGCGCGAAAAGUAUUUUUUUACAAAAUUAACGUCGGAAAAUUCCCUCCAAAAAAAAGAUUAACAAACUAUUUAAUAAAUUGAUCAUUUACAAUGUGCAAAGAAUUAAAAAAUCGCUGAAAAAUCAAUAUUUGAUUACUUGAGCAGCCAAAUAAUUCGAUUCGAAUCGAGUCCCAGGAGUCAACGACACAAAUUUUUCCCUUUGAUUUUUUUUCUUUUGGUCAAUUAAUUUUUUUGACUCAAUUUUUAAUGGAAGUGUGAACAAAAGGAGCAGCUCGGGCAGGUAUAAUUAAUAGUUGAAAAAAAACCGAUCCAUUGCGCCAUAUGCACUUGAAACGUACGCAUAUGUACAUAAUCUAGAGAUUUUAUAUUAAUUAAUUAAUUGAUUAAAAUGAGAAUAAAGAAGUAAUGAGAGGUUGGUUAAGGGGGAAGUGGUAAAUAAUGAAUUUUAGAUUUCCCUAUUUUUUGUUAAUUGAAGGUCAAAUGGUUGUGAGGGUCCAGUGACCCUUGAAAACUUUUUGAGUUACACCUGAGGACAAUUUGAUCCUCUGCUUUAGACGUCUUUCAGAUCGUUCGACCCUCGACGAAUUUUUCUGUUCGUUUUCAACGUCACAUUCUUCUGGCGGUUUAAUUAGAAUUGAAGGCUGAACGAUCUGAUGGAUCAAAAGUGAUUAGGAUCGAUUGCCCCUUGCGACCUUUUAACUUUAAAUUAACAUUUUUUUAACUGAGUUGAAUUAAAGUUGUAGGUUUGCUGGUGUUGUCCUGGUGCACCCCAGCCCUUUUAAUACGUCGGAAUGAAAUCUUCGCGAUGAUUUUGAAAUUAUCCCCUUAAUAAACUAAUUAAGAAAAUAUUUUUUUUCGUAUCACUUAUCACUUAUCACUUAUCAUAUUUAGACGGUCCUGUCCGGAGGUGCAAUCAGCCUCUCGGCCAUUUUACACCCUGCCUUCAGGCAGCCGUCUAGUCGCUGGUAUCGAGUAUUUGUGCCCUACGAGCUAACUCAUAGAGCCCCUUGAUCCCGUCCCUGUCGACACGUAUAUCUAUGCAAGUAGACCCGAAGACAUUCCAUCUGGCUUCAUCGAGUCCGCUGCAUCUUGUGCAUAGGUGAAGAGGAUCCUCCUCUGUCAACCCGCAUCUUUUGCAUAGGGGGUCAGUCCCCUUACCUAUCCUUGAUAAGUACAGAGCCAGGGGCCAGUGUCCAGUGAUAAGCCCCACUAUAGUACGGAGCUUAACCCUGUUUAGGCCCAACAGGGUCUCUGCCAACUUCCUAGUGGGUUCUCCUAGGAGGGAUUUCGUGUGCUUGGCACCCGUCUCCGAGUCCCAUCUCUCCACGACCCUCCUAUCCGCACGUUCCUUGACCAGGACCUUCACAAAAUCGGUGUGCACGCCUACGUGCUCCACCUCCCCCUGAAAGCCCCUGCAACUACCGUUCUUUGCUAGCUCAUCGGCUUUUUCGUUGCCUUUGAUGCCAGCGUGGCCCGGAAUCCAGGCCACCUCGAGCCGAUUAUUUACGGCAAUUUCCUCCAUCAGCUCGACGCAUUCACUCACCAGUUUAGAACAACACUCAUACCUGAGUAUUGCCCUAAGCGCGCGCCUGCUAUCUGAGUAGAUGAAGAUCUUUUUGCCCCUGUCCCCUCUCUCCAGGAUCAUCCUGGCGCAGGCUCUUAGGGCAGCUAGCUCAGUCUGGAGCACGGUUGCGUGUGAGUCCAGCCCAAUGGUCCUCGCUAUUGCGGGCCCCUCUGACCAGACCCCCGCACCUGCCCGUCCGCUCACCCGUGAUCCGUCCGUAUACCAGACUAGUCCACGGGGCGGCACCCAGUCCGCAUCCUUUCCUGACGGGGUUUCCCCCCGUCCGAGAUUGACCGAGAACUUUCUACGAAAGUGCCAUCGGGGUCUGCAGGCGUCAGCACCGCGCGACAGUAGCUCUUCCAGCUCUCCGUCCGCGCGGAGGACACUAGCAUGCCCAUUCCUAGCUCCUUUCCAUGUUCCCUGUAGCCGCAGCCUUGCGGCCGCUCUUGUUGCCUCCUCCCUUAUAAUUAGGUGUGGAGGUUGCAUAAAGAGCAGAGCCUCCAACGCUGAGCUGGGGGUCGUUCUGAGGGCCCCUGUUAUGCCCAGCAUCGCAAGCCUGCCUAUUUUGUCCACCGCUUUCCUGUGGCAGGCCUUGUUCAGGGCUGUCCACCACACUGCGGCUGCGUAUGUUAGCUGUGGGGUCAUAAUGGCCGUAUAGAUCCAUUUGACCAUCUUCGGCCUUAGACCCCAUGUGCUUCCAAACAUUCGCCUGCAUGCCCAGUAUGUCAUGGUGACCUUGCUAGUCUGCAUGGCGAUGUGCUUUUUCCAGCUGAGCUUCUCGUCGAGCCAAAUACCUAGGUAUUUGACCUCACUCGAGAAUUCCAGCAUUGUGUUAUAAAUGGAGGGAGCUUUAACAGCACCCCUCCUUCUACGUGUGAAGUGCACCAUCUCCGUUUUGCCUGGGUUUACCCUUAGGCCCUUCGAUGUGCACCACUGCUGAACAUAGUCCAGCGCCUUUUGCAUCUUGCUGUGUAGCAUGCCCGUGUUCCUGCUAGUUACCAGCAGUGCCACAUCAUCUGCAUAUGCGACUGUCCUUACCCCCAGUUCCUCGAGUCCAGUGAGGAGGCCGUCAACAACGAGGAGCCAUAGCAGAGGAGAGAUAACCCCCCCCUGCGGGCAGCCCCUCCCUGCCGCAGCCCUUACCUCACUGUCCCCAAGGGUGGAGUGGACAACUCUUGAUCGGAGCAUGGCGGCUAUCCAUUUGAUGAUCGAAUCCUCGAUCCCAAACGCUGCCGCAGCUUUCUCCAUUGUAUCAAAGGCGGUAUUGUCGAAGGCCCCUUCGAUGUCUAUAAAGACGCCAAGGGUGUCCUCCCCCCUUUCCUUCGCAUUUUCUAUUGUGCCUACCAAGUGGUGCAGCGCAGUCUCAGUCGAUCUGCCAGCUUGGUAAGCAUGUUGUGAGGGGCAUAUCUGAUUAAUUCUCAGUGCCCCCUCCUUAAUGUGCCUAUCGACCAGCCUUUCCAGCGUCUUCAGUAAGAAGGAGCUCAGGCUGAUCGGUCUGUAGGCUUUCGCGUUGUCGUAGCUGCAUUUACCCGGUUUGGGGAUAAAGACAACCCUGACUUCCCGCCACCUGCCUGGCACAUAGCCCAAUGCUAGGCAGGCCCUGAAUGCCGGUAUCAGUCUGCGCAGGAGCAAUGGCCCCCCUCUUCGCAAGAGGGCCGGAUGUAUCCCAUCCGGACCUGGACUCUUGUACAUUUCGAAGGAGUCCACCGCCCAUUGCAGCCUGUCCAGCGUUACUAUUCGUGCGGCUAGCUCCCAGUCGGGAUUGCCGCUUCCUGUUCGCUUCCAGUCCACUUCCAGGCACUCUCCUGGAAGCUCAAUAAUAGAGUCCGGGAAAUGCGCGCGAACCAGAUGCUCAAGGACCUCUCGCGGUUCUGUGAUGGUCUCUCCGCUUUCCAGCGUGAUUCCACCCAGCCGUUGUGAAGGGCCCCCCGAGAAGACCCUGCGAAGCCUGGAGAUGCCUGAAAGCGCCUCCAGUUCCUCACAGUAUGUCCUCCAGGUGAGCUCCUUUGAUCGUUUUAUGAGCCUCUUGUACUCUCUCUGCACAUUUCUGUACAGAGUCCAGUCUUCGGCCCUCUUCGAUUUGUGCGCUCGGUUUCCGAGCCUCCUGGACUGGCUUCUCAGCCUGUCCAACUCACGGCUCCACCAAGGCACUUUUUUACCCUUCCUGCAACGUCUAGCCGGGCAUGCCGUCUCAAAAGACUCAGUUAGGGCAACGUGGAUUCUUUCCACCUCGUCCUCUAACCGGUCCUCCCUGCAGGGCCUGACGCGUCCAACCCCGAGCCUUUCCUCCAGGUUCCUCUCGAAGGAGUCCCAGUCGGUGGCCCUUGGGUUUCUGCGCAGGCGGUCCUGCUGCGGUUGGGCACAGCCCUCUAUGCUAAAUCUGAUGCGUCGAUGGUCAGAGAGUGUGUCCUCCCGGUCCACCCUCCAGUCCCUGCAUCGCCUCGCCAGCCGGCGGGUGCACAUGGUUACGUCAAUGAUACAUUGACAGCGAGAAGUGACGAACGUGGGCCUCGAGCCCCUGUUUAGGAUCUCCAGGUCCACGUCUGCCAUAAAUUCCAGGAGAGCAGUGCCCCUGUCAUUACAUCUUUCGCUGCCCCACACCACGUUCUGCGCGUUUGCGUCACAGCCUAUGAUGAGUGGCAACUUUCUAGCUCUGCAGUGAUUCACCAGAUCACGCAGCUCAUUGGUAGGUGGUGGUGUCGGCGAGUCAUGUGGGAAGUAAGCCGAGCAGAAAACUAUGUCCUCCGCACCGGCCUCCCCCCGAAGUCUCACGACAACCGCCACCAAGUCUCUGUGGCAGAAGUUGGCCAUUCCCCUAGCUCCGCACGCUCUUUUGACAGCAAUGCAGGCCCUGGGGCCCAGGUCGCCCCGAGCAUAGAAUAGCUCCACCUCGCCUCCAGAUAGGCCUUUUACCGAGCCACCGUGUUGCCAGGGCUCUUGUAUGAGGCAUAUGUCUGUAUGCUCUACUGCUAGGCUGCGACUCAGCAGGGCAGUCGCAGCCUUGCAGUGCUGCAAGUUAAUCUGGGAGCAGUGGACUAGCAGAGAGCCUAAGCCGUCUCCCUGCAUAUUGCCCUCUGCUCCUUCCCCCCUUAUCCCCCUGGCCAUUGGUGGGCCGUUAGGCAGGGUCGCCUGGUGGCGCCCUAACCUGCCCUGAGUGGGAUGAGCCCGGCAGGGCCCAGUUGAGGGUCCCUUGAGACCCCCUCCCAGUUCCCGCCGCGCCCCCUCUCACCAGAGGCGGCCUUCCUCUUCGGCCCUUCGUGCGCCCGCUCAGCGGAGGCCUUGCAGGGGCAAGGGGGUCCCUCUGUAAGAGGGAGCCUUCCUCGCUCUCCUUUUCCUUCCCCUCCUGGGCGCCUUCCCCGGCAGUUCCUGGGGCACUCACCGAGCCACUAGGACCCUUAGGCGCUCCCUCCUGCCCUCCCCCCUCCCCUGCGAUCCCUGACUCCCCUUGGUCGGCGAUCACUUUCCCCGGGCCUGGCUGCGCCUGGGGCGCCUUUCCCCCCGCCGCUCUCCGCUGGGUCUCGUAGAAACGAGCCCGGCCGAGGCAGUAGAAAGGGGCCAUCCCCAUGCCCUUCAGGGCCUCCAGAGAUUUGGGGUCAACACCCAACACCAGGUUGAGCCCCUCCUCCCCACUCCGGCAGUCCCAGACCCUCCACUUGCCUGUGGUGAGGGCCCUGUUCUGCUUUCUCAACCUCUCAAGAGCCACAGCCGCUCCUACGGGUUUUCCCGGGAGAAAGGCUGUGACUCUGAUCAGUUUUUGGAGCGCUUCCUUAUCCAUCAUGAUAAGGGAGGCCCCUUCCCAGGGUGCCAGGGUGGGCACCACGGACUUCAGCCACUCUCUUGACUGACCGUCCGUGCAUGCCACCCACAGCACGCCAUCGUCAAACCAGUGGCCGUCAAAGCUCGGGAGCUGACCUUCCAUGUCAGUCUCAAACAGUGACGCCACUAGCGCCUCCUGAACCAGGUCGGCUUGCUCCCUCGUCAGAGACAGCUCAGGAUGGCCAGUUGGCACUAAGGCCACCCUGCCGCCACCCUUCGCCGCCUCUCUGAAGGAGGUUGCCCCCAGUCCUUCCAUGGCCCUCAACUUUUUCGUGGGCAUGGCCACAUCGGGGGGAGUGGAUCCUGAGGACCUGGGCCUCUUGGGCCCUGUCCCCUGUUCCUCCUUAUCCCUGGACGCGGUCUCUACCUGCGGAGAUUGCUGAUCCCGCGAGGCAUCGGCUUUCAGCCUAGCCUGGCGGGCCCGGCGCUUCUCCGCACCCGUCCUACCCCUUCUCUUCCUCCCCUGGGUAGGGUCAGCGACAGCGGGCCCACCACUGGUGGGCCCCUCUGAGGCUGGCUCCUCCACAACUUCCAUUUGGAUCAGCGCUUGUUCCCCUUCCGGGGCCCUAGUGCUGAUCGUGCUCUCCUCCGACCUACAAGCCUCUGCCGUUCCCUCAGAGAGGGCACCGUCAUCGGCGUUAAAAUUUUUAUUAUUAGUUGGGUCCAUGUUAAUCCCACGAGUGACCAGGAAAAGAAGGUCCACCCCCGCAGAGCCUGGAUGCGGAGGUAAGGCAUGCAUACAAUGGGGUGCUGCCUGGUUCCCCAAGGGUAUCGUUUGCGACACUGUUCCCCAGUGUCAUUCAGCCCUCGGCACGAUAACUUCCACCUUAGCUUGGGGAGUCUGGUCCGCGGCGAUGCCUUGGGUCUUCCUGACGGGUUUUUACUUCCGUAGGUCGACGUUAUAGCUGUCGCUGGCCGGGUACUGAAGUGUGCCCCAGGAUCCUGGAGUCAGGUGCUGUUGUUCAGCCUCCUUUCUCCGUUCCCGAGGUGCCACUCUUUCUCCGGCCGUCCCCCUAUCCGCCACCUGGGGACGCGCUCAGUUGGUGACUCAUACCGUCCCCUUCGUCUCGUUUAUAGAGCACGUCCGGGGCUGAGUUUUUUUUUUUUUUUUUUUUUUUUUUUUUUUUUUUUUUUCGUAUGUGAUUCAAAUUUUCUCCCGAGCAAAAAGAGAUAAUCCAGUCUUACCACUUCGCUCUUCAAUUAAUCAACCUCAUAGCAUUUGAUAUUAAAAAUGACUUAUGACGUUAAACAAAUGUGAAAAUACCAUUCUGUGGUACAAACGAAGGGAGAGAGACUUCCCCGGAAAAUAGUAAAAUUACUUAACGACUGCUUUUACAUUAAUUAAUAACAUUAUUUAAUUAAUUGAUAAAAACUAUUUAAUAAAUAAAAACCACAAAACCGUACAUUUGAUGAUGAAAAUAAUGGAACAUAGGGUUUUGCGAUAUCUUGGGGAUCAAGGAAUUUUAUUCAAAUAGAAAAAAAAUUCCUAAACGUAAAUUUAAAGAGCCGAGUUUGCGAUUAAAUAACAAAAAAAAAUCUCGCUGAGAAUCUUUGGAACCCGUCAUUCAUUCGUGAUCCCAACAAACAGAAGUAAAAUUUGAUGAAAUAAAUUUUUGUACGAUCAAAAAGUCAAUUGUGAUUUCAAAUCGAAAACUCGAAAAAAAAAAAUUGAAAAGAAUAUUUGCACAAGACUGCAGCGAGUCUGUGCUUGAAAUUUGUAAAAUGAAUGAUGCAUAGAUAAUUUAUACACGUAGAUGACCUAAUGAGAUACCUAACCUAAUUAAGAAACAUUAAUUAAACAAAAAAAGUUGAAAAUGAGAGAAAAAAAUUAAAAAUUAAAAAAAAAUCAUUUUAAAAUUUCUCAUAUCGGAUUCAUAGAUAUAAACAUAUCUUAUCGAUAAGGUCGUCGUAUGAAUAAUAUAAAAAUGCAUUAAAAUAAUUGAGGAAAAGGCAGGUUACCAGAGAGAGAAUUCAGAGACGAAAAAUAAUCGAUUAAACAGCAGAUCAAACACUGGGGGAAAAGUUCAAUAAUUUUUUUUUGUUUUUCCUGAAUGUCUAAGCAGCUAUCAGACCUGGACAUUCGAAGCAGCUGUCAUUCGAAAGCUAGAAAAAUUUUUCAUUCCAUUGUCUGGCGUUGAAUGCAUUUUACCACGGAAUUUCUUCAAAUUAAUGCUAACUCGAUUAACAUUUUAAAGUUCUUUAUUGAUAACCAAGUGCAUCAAUUAAGAAUUCGUCGAUGAACAUCAACGAUAGUUGAACUUGCACUUAAGCCUGUAUAUAAAAAGAGUAAUUAAUUUUUAACAUCCUGGAAAAAUUUUUCAAUUAAAAAUUGGGUACUAGGAUAAUCAUCUCAAAGCAAUUCGAAGGCAGAACAUUUAUAUAGCGUUCUUGUGACGUCAUAAUAAAUUAUUGGACAGGAUUUUAGAUUAGGUAGGAUAAUCCUUGAUAAUUUUACAAGAAAAAUUUACUGAAAAAAUGGAUAAUCCAGACGUAUUUCGUUUGAAAAUUGUGUUGUGAUGAAUUCGUUUGUGUAGAAUCGAUAGAAUAAAACGAUCGGUUUUGCUCCUUAAAACCUUUUUCAAGGUAAUUUAACUGUGAGAGGACGAGUUUAUAACCAGAUCAUGGAAUUAAAAAUUUUCUCAGCUUUAUAAUCGGCACUCGGUCAAACUUCGAUGUGACCUAGUUCCACAGAUAUUCCGAAAAAUGUACCAGGCUUUUCUUCUGGUUGGAAAACCAGUUUAGUUGCCUUUUGAAUUAUUGCAAAUUAAAAGGCGUAGCAAUUAGUGAAAACCCGUAAUGAAUCAAUUAAGGGCCCUAUUGGCUCUCGCAUUAGAGGAAGUUGUCCACUCAUCAUUUUGUUGUAAGCAUAUCGCAGUAUUGUACAAAAAAAUAUAUACAUAUAUAUAUUAUAAAUAAAUAAUUAUGGAGUAUUUAA